CCCAGCGGGGUCACCAUAAAUGCACCUCAAGCAAGCCUCAAGUGUUGGUCGGUGUCAGCCAGCAGCACUCUCUCAUAUUUCCGCCCAUUGCCCAGAGACGCAGACUCGGCUGACGUGGGGUGACCUUCAGCACCUCUUGGUGGGAUGUCUCUCUGAGCGAGCUGGCUGCGAUUCGGGACCCUCCCUGCUGUACGUACCGAUGAUUUGCAGGCUUGCCUCGGAGCCGAAAGCGAAGAAUGCUGUCGACUGACAGCUGCUUUUCACCGUCAAAGCUCUCGACUGGAAGCUGCUGUCUCGCCCGUUCGAAAAUUGUGUUCUCGGCUGGUUGUCCGCAAAAGGUCGUGACUGAAAUCAGCUGCCUCGCGCAUUCGAACACUGAUCGCCCUGGAAGAGGUCUUGUUUAGCGACAAUCUCAAGAGGAAGCAAAUACGUACAAUGCUCGCAAGGAGAUCCAGACCAAUUCUCAGGUGACUUGAUAGCUUGGAGUCCUCUCUGUUCGUGGUCAUUGCUCGUGAUGCGCGUAUCUGUAGAGCUUGGAGUCCUCUUUGUGUAGCUACUCUAGAUUCGCGAUUCGCGCAAGAAGUCUCACGACCAGCAAGCAUAUGCACACUAUACGUGACACAGCGACGGGAAUUUUAAUUUUCUUCGAGUGACCCGGGCUUGCGGAUCGAGGAGAGAGCAUCUUGGAGGCCCGGUUUCGACCCCGCAUGCCAAGCAGCAAACGACAGGGGAGGAGAGAAUGGGUGCAGUCGCGUCCAUCAUCCAUCACGUUGUUGAACUUGCGACAUGGGGAAUGAACUUCGUAAACGAGGAUCCGGAGCUCCCCUCCGCUGUCCAGGACCUUAUACGGCGUCUGGAAGGCAAAGCCAAGGUUUUACGGUGGCUUCCCAAUUUAAACCGGGCAGAAUUUCGGGAUUUCUUUCCGGAUGGUGAAUUGAUUUCGACGAUCACAGGGUGGCGAAGCCAAGUGCGCCUUCGAGUGCUGGAGGCAAUCGGCAGAUGCAACAAGUUUCAUUCUCUGGAUGUACAAGAUAUUUGUGGCGGAGAUAUAUCGAGGUUGACGGCUAGCGAGUGGGAGGUAGUAUUGGGAGGUUUUAGGUGUGGUACCGUUCUACGAGUGAUCAGAGUUGAAGGAUUGACAUGGACCUCAAUUGCGGAAGUGGAGAGCUUUUGUUUACAGGUGGGGAGAAUUCUGAAUACGUCUAGCGUAACAGAUCUGACAAUAGGCAGUUGCAGAUUGAGUACCAGAUGUUUGUUGAACCUCGCAUCAGGACUGCAUGGAAAUUCCCAGUCUAUGCUUAAGUCUUUAGUGCUACAUAACGCGUGGGAGGACACGAGUGCGGUGAAGCAGGUGGCUGACAUGAUCAACAGUGCUACUCGAUUAGAAACUUUGGAAAUAGGGGGGUCAUGGGACCGCAUGUACGACAUGGAUGAGGAGGCCGCUAGAAUCCUGUCGCAGGCUUUAAUUCAGAGCUCGUCUGUGAGAAAAUUGGUUCUAAAUGAGGUGAAGGGCGAGACUUCGGCCUUCUUGCUGAAUGCAUUGGAUGGAGAUGAUGGCAAUCGAGCUAUUGAAUGUCUUCAUCUAAUUUCAGUGUCGGGACUCGGAGACUGUCUACGAGAACUUCUGAGUUCCAACCCAUUCUUGAAGGAAGUGAAGUUGAGCGCCAUCUACAUGAGUCCCGAUAGAUGGCGCCAGCUAGGCCAGGCCAUACGCGAAAACGCUACAGCAACAACUAUUUGUGUAACUAAAUCAAUACGUUCCGGGGAUAACUUGGAGGGAGUAGAACAGCUUGUGUGUGCUGCUAGCUCAAAUGUCAAGGAUCCAACAGUGGAGCUUCAAAUCACAUUUUGCGACUACGAUGCACUGAUGUCAGCACUCGACUUUGUGGGUAGGGUAUUGCGUGGGGAGAUCAAAUCUCUAAAACAUUUCAUUCUAUUUUUAAAAUGCUCUUGCCCUUCUGGCAAUUACCAACGUAGAAUGGAAAAUAUCAUCCCCAUGGAUGGAUAUUCUGGAGAAACUACAGUCCUGAAGAGACUGAAGUUAUUUAUACAAAGCAAAGAGCUUGUGAAGGGAGUAUGGAAGGACUUGCUCUGGUGCUUGCGAGGGAACACAAAUCUCACUCACUUGGAUUUGUCUCGCUCCGAUCUCGACCGAGAGGCGUUCAGGGACUUGAUGGGGCUCUUGCAAGUAAAUUUGAAUCUCGAGGAGAUAGAUGUCUCAGGAACCUCCUGGGCAAGGGACGGGAAGGCGGCGCAGAUUCAAGAUACACUCAAGCAAAACCAGAAGCGGGCUGUGUACAUGUCCGUCUUCAGAGAAGCCAACUUAACAUUCGGACCUGCAAAAGCUGGUCGACUCUUCUCAUGCGGCUUUCCUAGAGAGGGUAACACGCACGGCAAGACUACAUUACGUCAAAGGGUGACGAGUAUAGUUCAACGCAAGAGUUUGCUUCGGGAGAAAUGGGAGUCAUUUUGGAGGACUGAUGACACUGACCUGGACUUCUUGCAAAAUAUACAAGUCUCACUUUCGGAUUUUGCGAGACAAGGAAAUUUGCGUACCCCUCCCAAUUUCCUCUUACCUCCAACCAACAAUUCUUGUGUUUUUCUUUUUGUUUAUAGUUCGUUCUGCAAAUCAAAAUCUUGUUUAAAAUAUGAGUUGGAGGACUGGUUGUGUUUCAUCACAUCCAGCACUAAAGUCACAGGACAUAAUCUUCCACAAGUUCUUGUUGUGAUUUCACACAAGGAUAAAUCUAUGUCUAAGUCUUUGACUUGGGCUCACUCCAUAGUGGAAGAACUCAGCGAAAGAUUCUCAAAUUUUGUCGAUCUUCACCCUCUUCAUGAGUGCUUUUAUGAUCUUGGGAAGAAAAAACAAGUGAUUCAUCUCAAAAAUCACAUUUUUGAUAUAUUCAAAAAAUUAUUGAGUGAACAAUCUCCACAUGUUCCCCUAUUGUGUUCUCAACUCACCUCCCUUUUGGUUACAAAUACCAAUAAUAACAAAAGUUCCCCUCUUUGGCCAUCUAGAAAGUUUUAUGAUUUUUGUGCUCCUAGCUUGACACAGUUCAUUCCAUCUUCUUCUGCUCAUGCCAGUGAUCAUUCAAGGAUAAUGAAAGCAAUCAUAUCCUAUUUGAAUGAUGUCGGAUACAUUGUUUUUAUCCCAAACCUUGAUUACAUCAUAGUCGAUCCAAACUGGCUCAUCAAUACAUUAUUGGAUGAGCUGGUAUCUUUGGAUCAAGUCUUUCAACCUCAAGAGUUCGAGUCUUCUGAGAAUACAGUGUCACGUGACUCAUACACAAGCAAGGAUGGAUUUGUGAGUUACAGUGUUUUUGCUCGAUUGAUAGAAGAGUUUUUGGGAAAGCAUACAACCUUACAAAAUGUGGACAGAGAGCUGAUUGAAAACAUCCUUAUCAAUUUAGAUUUUUGUUUCAAGCUGGAAGAUACUUUUCAAUAUUUCAUUCCUUCUUUCAUACGUGAUCAUGCAAGCACAGAAGACCAGAAACAUGUGAUGUAUUGGAAAAACAAGUGUGAGACUUCACAGUAUGUCGGCAUUCGGAUUCAAUGCCAAGAUGGAAGAACAAUGUCAUUGACUCCUGCUAUUUUUCCACAGUUCCAGGUGAGACGCAAGUUGAUAUCCGAGAAGCAAGUUUCCAAGGAGGAUGUGAUCUACUCUCCACAUUAUCUUCGACUCUUACUUGAUGGACAUCAGAUUUUUGUGGAGCAAGUGCAUAGUGAAAAGUCGCAUAGAUACGUAGAUGUUCUGAUGUUAUGCUCAAAGCAUAAGUCAAAGGAGGUAGCUAUCCAAUAUUUGAUGAAUCACGUAGUCCAUGAGUUGAUAUCAUUUUGCGCAUCACCCAGAGGCUGUCCCGGGGUGGCGUUAGUGCUAGGUGUGAUCCAGACAUUUUGCGUAGAGAUGCUGGUUCCAAUCCAUCUCAGAGGAGUCAUUCUGAUUGAGGAGCUCAAAUCAAAAAUCAUUAGUAGCAUCAAUGACAAACUGGAGUAUAUUCCGUUGGAAAGUUCGCACAUGCUGGAGAAGGAAGAGGUGUUCAAAUAUGAGCACUCUUGGCCCUCGAUUAGAGGGUACACAGGGGAAAUAUCCGAACGAGCUAGGGAUUUGUUGUGCGAGAGCGAUGUGGAAGCGGUUGUGAAUGAGAGCCGACAGAAGCGCAUUCAACAAUUGGAGACUACUAGCUACCGUAGGUAAUUAAGCACGUUUUAAGUACGAUGAUGGACUUUCCUCAAGUUAUGUGAAGUUCCGUGAAGCUCAAAAAGUCGUAAAUCACGUCAAUCCGCUUC